CAAUUACUAAUAUUGGUACAAGGUGUACUGACAAAGCAGUAGCUAAAUACAUAUAAUAUAUAUAGUGUCCCUGCCGACAUCAAGAACAGGAUCAACUAUGCCGACUCCCAGAGUAACUCGCUCUCGCUCCUCUACUCCCCUUUCCGUCCGCACCGGUACCCGGUCAACGCCCCAACCAGGUUCCGCCGCCCAUCCUGGAUCUCAUCACAAAACUUCCGAUGAGCUUGCUUUAGAAGAAGCCGCUUCCCUCUUGCACACACCUACGACGCGGCUCAGAAGUCUGGGCAGUGCAGACACAGAUGGAUUGGAUGGUGGUAGUGCUAGAGCGCUCAGACAUAAACGGUUAAAUCAAGUCAGGGAAGAGGUUGUGGUUGUCAGAGAGAGAAGCAAAAGUCCUCAGAAAGAUGAGAAGAGAGUAGAGCAGAGCCAAGAACCAGAGGGAGAAGAAACGGAAGAAGAGGAGGGGCAGGAAGUGGAGAAUUCACGGCAGACACCCGCGGACGGCGAUACCGACGAUGAGGAUGACGAGGCCUCUCGGGAACUGAUGGGUGUGUCAACCUUUUCUGACGCUGGCAGUACACAACUGGUUGAAAAAGACCAGACUGGGGAAGAUGGUGCACCUCUUUCGGCACUCUUAUCGACAGGGCAGAUUUUCUCUCAGCCUAGGGAGAAUGAAGGGUUUGGAGAGUCCGCGUCUGAAUCUGGUUCCGAGACACAGUCUGCAAAUUCUUCCGACUCUUCCGACUCAUCAUCUGAGUCUGGAUCAGACUCUGAGUCGGAUUCCGAAGACGACUCAUCAGAUAGCGACAGCGAUGAGGACGAUGAGAAGGAACGACUUCUUCAAGCUGCUCGGGACGCCGCCAAGGCCAAAACAGCGUCAAAUAUGAAUGAGAAAGAGAAGGCAGGUGAAGUGGAUGACGAGAUGGUGUUGCAAUUCGACAAGCAGGAGAAGGAGGCUCCCAUUCCCGAUCUUGCUAUUCCCAAGCUUCCCAGAACCUAUCUCUCAUUCCCCAAAGAAGGCCGCGCUCGAACCUCCACAUCUGUACCCUCGACCUCUGCCGAUCCCUCUCGUCUCCCUUCCAGAUCUUCUUCGUCUGAAAAGACUCCUGUUCCUGAGCUCGACGACCGACCCUACGAACGACCUUUGAGUAAGAGAGAGAAGGCGCUUCAACCUCGCAAAGCCACCACUUCUGAGCUCUGGGCAUCCAUCCCUACUCCUAGGGCUGACAUCUUGCCUCAGAUGAGAAAGGAUUACCGAGCGCUUGCUUUGGCCAACUCGUUGGAUCCCAAGAGGUUCAUGAAGGGCGGUAGUAAGAGCGAGAAGGUUCCCGAGUCCUUUGCUAUCGGCACCAUGGUCGAGACUUCUCGUCAAAUACGAGACACUACUCUUACAAAAGACAACAAAUACCGUCCUGGACAAGUCGUCCAAAACAUCAUCAGGGAUCAGGAUAUGGAAGGUUAUGCAAAGAGGAAGUAUGGCGAUCUGCAGUGGUCCAGAAUGGAGAACGGACGAGGGAAGGGAUGGAAGAAGAGGGCCAAAUGGCAAUAAUGAGUGUAUGGGAGCGGUGUAUGUACUUGUACAUUUGCAUCGCAUGGUUCAUAGCUCUGUUGUGAUUUCUAGUUUCGCCUUUUUAUGCUUGC